GCAACAUAUAUACGUCCCAGGCCUACAUACGUGCUCUCACCACUUAUUACCCUCUGGCGACACCAAAAUCCAUCAGUCUACGCGAAUUUGAAGCCUUUCUUCCAUGCGCUGCCUGCGCCAGCUCUUUCUCGUUUCGCUGGGUGUCACAGCAUGGGCUCUACACGAAUCUGAUGUGGGUGUGGUGGAUUGGAAUACGGAAUUGAUCGGCGUACCACUGCAUGGCUCUCCACAUACUGCACCUACAUUCCAUGGUGAUUAUGUUCUGACUGCUACAAGCAACAAUGUAUUGGCAGCAUUGAACGCCACAGAUGGCUCUAUAGUAUGGAGAAGUAUAUAUGAUGCGGAGGAUCCGAUCAUGGCUUUCAGCCACCAUGAUAAGAGCGUAUCUUCUCUAUCUGGACCGGGAGGGUCAACUUUGCGCACGUCCUUGGUCUUGUAUUCUCACAUCAUUGCUGAUCCGUCAACGAUGUAUGUCGUGGGGUUCGCGAAAUCAUUUGCAUCCUACACUUUGCACGUAACGACCCUGUCAGUAACCACGGGCAAAAUCAUUGCGUCUGUCAACAUUCCUGCAAACAUAAAAGAUGAGCGAUCCAAAUUCGUUGCUGUUAGCUCCCAGACAGGACCUACAACUACUGCCUGUGUCAACUGGCUUGAAGGCGAUGUUCUUAAAGCUGCUGUAUUAGCGCCUGAUCUGAAGGGUCAAAUUAUGGCUCUUCCGGGUGUCAAAUACGAUAGGAUUAGUGACUUUGGCCUUUCGACCAAUGGUCAGUUCCUCGCCAUCAAGGAAGGAGGUGCUGCGCACGUUAUGCAUUUUGACGCACAGGCAUCUUCACUUCGACCAAUCUGGGAAUUCAGCCUUAACCGAGAUGGCCAACCGCGAGUUGCGCGCGUUUAUUGGUCGAACUCUCACAGUAAAGCUAUCCACCAGUCUCUUGCCAUUCACUUAUCUGAGGGCAAGGCUUCAGCCUCUGGUUUUGCGUUUCCCUUCCAGACGCUUGACCAUGGUGUCAUCCGGCAUGUGGCAUUUGACGGCUCAAGCACUAGCGAAACACAUGAGAAUACUCGCACGUUACUGACCACCACGACAGGCUCGAUACAGCUUUGGCAACAUGACAAAAUGCAGUGGGUUCGAGAAGAAGCACUGGCAUCCAUCCAAGUCGCAGAGUUUGUAGAACUUCCUGAGAAGAAGGUUGUCAUGUCUCAUGCUGCUGUGGAUGAGGAAGGCUACUUUGAGCGGCUUCAACGUCAGUUAUCUGACGCCAAGAACCUUCCUCAAUACUUGGCAAACUUUGCUAGACGCUUUGCGACUGGUUCAUAUGCUACUGCGACUACGUCAGCUGCAUUUUCCUCAGAUGAGGAUACGCUCACGCGCGACGCUUUCGGCUUCCGACAGAUCAUAGUGGCAGCUACAUCGUAUGGGAAAAUCUUCGGCAUUGACUCUAGCAAUGGUCGAGUCUUAUGGAGUCGCGUGCUUGGCCUUGGUUGGGCAGCGAAGGUUGGUGGGACAAUAAUCCCUACCAAAAUUUUCGUCACACGGACAGUGAGCGAUCCAGAAGGACCUCAAAUAGUGCUCGUCACACAACGUCGGGCUGACAAUUCUCUCGUUGACACUGUGCUAUUCCAUGUGAAUGCACUUACGGGAGACGACGUCAGGGAGGAGUACCAGUCUAUUCCUAGAGCUGCCUUGGAAGGCCUCGAUGCUGUAAUGGGCCCAUUAGUCGAUGUUUUCAUGCUACCCAACGAGAACCGGACCAUAGUCAUGCUCGAUGAAUACCUCCAAGCGCGCCUUUAUCCAGACACUCCAUUGGCUCUGGCCGAGUUUGAGUCAUUCGUCCCGUCCAUACAUCUCGCUCUCCGCGCGGAAGUUCCUGGCCAGCGCCAGAUCUUGGGCCACCAACUCGCCCUCAAUCUCGAGCUAUCUCAGUUCUAUGUUGCCUAUCCCACAUGGACACUUUCGCUACCGCCAGAAGAGGAAAUUCGCGCCAUCAUUCCGAACACACGCGGUCCCGUUGCAUCGAUCGGAAAGGUCCUCGGAAACCGUAUGACGCUGUACAAGUAUCUCAACCCCCACCUGACAUUGGUCCUCACAUCUUUCCUGCCGUCCAGCACGUGUGGGAUAUAUGUGCUGGACGUGAUCAAAGGUAGUGUGAUUUACCAUGUCAGUGUCCCUGCUGCCGGUGGGGUAUGCGACACGCAAGCGACCCUCACUGAGAACUGGCUGGUGUACCAUUACUUUGACGAUGAGUUUUCUGGGACUGGGCAGAGCAAAGGAUAUAGAGUCGUCUCUGUUGAGUUUUACGAGGGUGAUGGACCAGAUGACAAGACAAAAAGCUCCGAGCUUUCGUCCUAUUCCAACAAGACACUGCAUAUCAGCGCAUACGAACAAUCGUUCAUCAUGCCUCACGGCAUCACUGCUAUAUCACCAACCUCGACGAAGUUUGGAGUAUCAACGAAGGACAUCAUAGUUGCAAAUCGCAAGAACAGCAUUCAGUCUAUUCCUCGGCGAUUGCUCAAUCCAAGACGGCCAAAGCACAAGCCUACUAGCGAAGAGCAAGAGGAGAUGCUCGUACAGUAUGAUGCUGUACUGCCGGACGAUGCCCGACUCGUGCUCUCACACAACUACGAGGUCGCAAACGUCCGCCGCAUAGUUACUUCUCCAUCUCUUCUAGAGUCCACGUCGCUAGUCUUUGUCUACGGCCUGGACCUCUUCUUCACGCGCAUUGCGCCUUCGGGCACGUUUGACGUUCUCAGUGAGAAUUUUAAUAAAGUGCAGCUUGUGCUGACGGUUGCUGGGCUGGGGAUUGCGAUUAUGGUGACGAAGCCUAUGGUGCGACGGAAACGGCUGCGCGAGCGUUGGUACCAGUAGACCUCACCAUUGUACUUGUUCCGAAAUAUAAGAUCGUGUGGACAGGUGGCCAUGUAUAUUUUCCAUGGGUCUGCAACGGAUGCACCAAUCAUAGCAUAAUAGAAUUGUGCAUUAUGACAUCUGUUUUUCAGCCCUGUUCGGGGAGCCUGC